CACCCGGCCCCUCAAACUUGGCCACGCAGUCUCCAUUACCCUUCUUCCGCACUUUGCUUCCCAGUUUCCCUUCCGCGUCCUGCGCACUCCUGCUCGUCUUCAUUUCCAAACCUCGAUCAGCCAGUUCCUGACCUCCCCGCCCCCUCCUCCCCUCAAAAAGCCCCGAGCUACGCCACAGCGGUCCGCCCCACCCCACGCGCGCGAAACCCUCUGGCCGAGGAGCGAGGCCGUGAUCGGCAGCGGCGUGGUGACCCGGGAGCGUCCCGGCUUCCCUGAGCAAGGCGCCGUGCCAAGCCCUCUGCAGAACCUUAGCCCAGUGGUAGAGGUUUCCAGCCAGAAGGCACCUGGUACUCCUGCUACAAAUAGUGUCUUUUUCAUCUUCCUAAAUAGCGGGCUACCGUUCAAGUUAGAUUACUAGAUAUUAUGAACCAGAAAUAAAAAUGUCUUUGAAGAGCAUAUUAUCUUCAUGAACAUCAUUACCUUACAGAUCAUAUCGAUGCCUUGUUAUCACCAAGUACCAUUCUCAAAUUGAGGUCUCUAUAUUGAUUAAUUGAGACAAAAAUAAAUAUGGCCUUCUACAGCUGUAGUUCAGUUUUAGCUAUUGCCCGAAUGAGAUUCCCCAGCCAUUUUGUCCAGCCCAUCUGCCCUUCUUCCCCGCUACUUGCAUCUCCUCACUUGCCAGAUUCUUAUUUAAAUAAGAUGUGUGUGAAGAACUACAGAUGCCAGAGGCACUCCUACCCCAGUCAGCCGGGCGCUAAAGCACUUUGUGUGCAAACUAGACUCAUGCAAAAGCUACACACAUCUGCUUCUUGGUUCCAGCAGGGGUCUGGGGAGCCUCAGCCAGACAAAACCCCAGAACUACCCAAGGAGACACGCUCUCAGCCCACGGAAGACACUGGGCCAAAGAUGAAAGAAGGAAAGCGAUCUUAUAGACAAAAAAUUGUGGCUGAACUUAAAUAUUAUUACAAUGGGUUCUACUUACUUUGGAAUGACACCAAAGUUGCUGCCAGAAUGGUUUGGAGGCUGCUGCAUGGGCAGGUGCUGACCAGGAGAGAGAGACGAAGGCUGUUGAGAACCUGUGUUGAUUUCUUUCGUUUGGUUCCAUUCAUGAUAUUUAUAAUCGUACCCUUCAUGGAAUUCUUGAUACCAGUGUUCCUGAAACUCUUCCCAGAUAUGUUGCCAUCAACUUUUGAAAGUGAAUCCAAAAAGGAAGAGAAGCAGAGAAAGAAAAUGGCAGCAAAGUUGGAACUAGCAAAGUUCCUUCAAGAAACAAUUACAGAAAUGGCAAGGAGAAACAGAGCCAAGCUGGGAGAGGCCUCUGUCCAGCUCUCCUCCUAUGUAAAACAGGUCCAGACAGGCCACAAGCCCAGCACAAAGGAGAUCAUUCGUUUUUCCAAGCUCUUCGAGGAUCAGCUGGCCCUGGAGCACCUAGAUCGGCCUCAGCUGAUUGCCCUCUGCAAGCUGCUAGAAUUGCAAACCUUUGGAACCAACAAUUUGCUUCGCUUUCAGCUCCUGAUGACACUGAAGUCUAUAAAAGCAGAUGACAGAAUAAUUGCCAAAGAAGGGUUGAAAGAUCUGAGUGUGUCAGAAUUGCAAGCUGCCUGUAGGGCCCGAGGCAUGAGGUCACUGGGUCUCACUGAGGAACAACUGCAACAGCAGCUCACAGAGUGGCUGGACCUGCACCUACAGGAGAACGCCCCAUCUCUGCUGCUGCUGUCUCGAACCUUCUACCUGAUAGAUGUGACGCCAAAGCCGAUUGAGAUACCUCAGGGUGGAGAGGCUCUGCAGACAGAAAUGUCCUUGGGAUUGCCUACUUCCCCCAAAUCGAAAGAGGACCUGGUAGAUUCUGCACCUCAGCUGAAGGGGACUCAGGGUGAAGAGUUGACGCCGCUCCCACCUGUGCCGCCAUCACCAAAACCACCACCGACACCUAUCUCGUUGCCCAUUGCUUCUUCUAAAGAAGCCGUGCUCCAGGCCAAAUCCCAGACGACAUCCCAGAACAGCAAGGCAAGUUCAAAGGGAGCCUAAGGAGUACUGGAGGGUGGAGCAUGUCUCCCACCUCUGGCUGGCAGUGGUACCUGUGGAGGACACCCCCUAAGGCUGUGUCUACUUCUAGAUACAGGAUCUGCCAUUUAAUCCUGGGAGAGAUCCUGAGGCCUUGUCACCCUCCCAGGUGAUGUCUGCUGUGUGCCAAGUUCAGGCCUUUAGAAAUGUAAUCGCAAGGUUUACUUCUGCAGCACCGUCUUCCACUAAACCUUACGCAAGGCCCACCCCACCACGUUGAACAGCUUCCUGUUUGUGCGCAUCUUUUCAGAGUAAGGUUUUGGAUGUUGCAUUAAUGGAGUCUGCUUGGCACCUUGGAUACUUCUGUGGCUUGAAGUCCCACGCCGUCGGAACUUGCGGGUUCCAAAAGCCAUCUUAUGAGCACCUGGCCAACUUUUGCAGGAUGACUUGAUGGUAGGGACAAGUGUCCUGGAGCAGCACCCUAAGAUGGGAUGGAUGUACUUCCCAGUAAGGGUUUUUUUCUGGAUAUAAAGAAGGGAGCGUUUCUUAGAAGGCAAGAUGGGAAGUUAAACAGAUGGGCAGUCCCAGAGGCCUGGCUGUGGGAUAGCUGUUCUGGCAGACGUUCCCUUCAGGGGCUAGGGAAGCUGCAGGAAUCUGGGAGGUGGCCACUAUUCCAGCACAUAUGGCAUUCAUUAGUCACCAUUUUGCUAGGAAACAUAAUUAAGGGUUUAAGGCUUAACCAUUUGUUUGUGCUGGAUGUGUUUUUCGGGUCAGCUUGUCUUUCACAAGUAAGACUGUUAGUCACAGGGUGGUUUGGUCUGCUGGAGUAUCUACGCUCCCCAGGAACAGGCACUGUGUUCAGGCAUCUCCACUCGGUGUCAACACUGAAACCGGACAGGUUUCCAUCCAGCUGACCACUAACUUUCCUCACUUGCUCUGAGAUUUAAAGUCAAGCUGAAGAUCCGCUCUGCCUGGAAUCAUCUAGAUGAGCAAUGUCACCACUCAAAAGCCCCAACCUGCCCCACAGGGAACUGCCCUUCCGUGAGGAUGAGGCCCUACUAUGCACGGCCUUUCAUGGACCUGCCACUGGCCAACCUGGGUGAUCCGUGUAAAAUUUCAGUUUUUAAACUGAUGGGUGUUGUUAGUCCAUACUUCAGGUGUUAUAAUGUGAGGAAGGGUGUGGCUAACUAGCCCACUCCCGUCUCGCUGAAAGGCCUGCAUGUGCUGCUGAGCUGUCCUGAAGUUCCUUUUGGCUUUCCCUGUGAGCGGAAGGAUUAGGCCCAAGGGCCCUGGUCACUUUGUCACCACUUUUGCCAUCUACGCCGCUGAGACGCCCCUCUUCCCGUUCUCGUCACAGCAGCUCACCCUGGAAGUCAGGGAUGUUUCUUUGUUCUCAUCACUUUGGGUGCUUGGCUGUUGGUUUCCGAGAGCGUUAGCUUUACCUCCCAGCUGGUGGUAAUCAACUCUCAGAAAGGAAAAAUAGCUCUGACCGAUCCCACUGACGUUAGUCCCACGGUGGCUGAUUUCUGGCUACCCCAUGAGGUCACUGACCAGCACAGAGCUGUGGCCCUUGUGAGCCAGCUCCAGCUCCCACUGACCCCAGGGCUUCUGGAGACAGCUGAACCUUUAGCUGGCAGUGUGAUCAUGACACCACAUCUGUGUGCAAAGACGUGCAUCUGGAUGCAGAAGUGUGAAGAUGGUUCUGAAUACCGUUAAGUGCCAACCAAGAGGGAAGCCGCACAAGUUUUAACAUCUGGGUCCUUGCUGGUCUUAACCCUUCCCAGCUCUCAGUGGUUGAGGGAAUGGAGGCCAAGCUGCUUUGCUAAAAGCUUUUUCCUUCCUCUCCCUGCUCCACCUUUCCCUGCAGAUGCCUUGGCUCAAACAGCUGCUAAUAACCACACAGGCUCUGAUUUCAGGCAUCCUCCAACGGACUGCAGUGGUUACCCUUGGCCUGUUUCUGAAAGAAUUCUGCUGGGGUGUGUAUGAGGUAGACAGACACAGACACACAGAUAGACACUUAGCAUUUAUGCCGCUACUUGUGACACAGCUCUCUUUUUGGGGGGGCACGUCUCCUUAUGCAGCCCAAGCUGGCCUCAAACUUCCAACAAUCCUCCUGCCUUAGACCCCCAAGCGUAUGGCCCCAUGACUGGUGCCUUGUCUCGUUCUGUACUUUAAUCAUUAAAAGUCACACGGGUAAGGGUUGGUGACAUAGCUUAGUGGUAGAGCACUUGCCUAGCAUGUGUGAGGCCCUGGUUUAACCCCCAAUACCAGGAAAAAAAAGUAAUGUCCAGUCAGUGUUCUAUAUUGCUAAACCUGGGCUAAAGAUUUCUUCUCACCUGUACUACACACUUACAGAUAAGGUCAGAAUAUGAGUUCAAAGCAGUUU